GGAGCCUGGCACUCUGACCCCCAUGGAUCCCCUCAACCUCUCGUGGUAUGACACUGGGGACAGGAACUGGAGCAAACCACUCAACGAGUCCCAUGCCGACCAGAAGCCUCAGUACAACUACUACGCGAUGCUGCUCACCCUGCUCAUCUUCGUCAUCGUGUUUGGCAAUGUCCUGGUGUGCAUGGCUGUGUCCAGGGAACGAGCCCUGCAGACCACCACCAACUACCUGAUCGUCAGCCUGGCCGUGGCAGAUCUCCUGGUAGCCACUCUGGUCAUGCCCUGGGUGGUGUACCUGGAGGUGGUUGGUGAGUGGAGGUUCAGUCGGAUCCACUGUGAUAUCUUUGUAACCCUUGAUGUUAUGAUGUGCACUGCCAGUAUCCUCAACCUCUGUGCCAUCAGCAUUGACAGGUACACAGCAGUAGCAAUGCCAAUGCUCUACAACACACGCUACAGCUCCAAGCGCAGAGUCACCAUCAUGAUUGCUGUGGUCUGGGUGCUCUCCUUUGCCAUCUCCUGCCCUAUCCUCUUCGGCCUCAACAACACAGAUGAGAAGGAGUGCAUCAUUGCCAACCCUGCCUUCGUGGUGUACUCCUCCAUCGUGUCCUUCUACGUGCCCUUCAUGGUCACUCUGCUGGUGUACGUGCAGAUCUACAUGGUGCUGCGGCGCCGCAGGAAGAGAGUCAACACCAAGCGCAGCAGCCACAUCCUGGACUCGGACACACAUGCCCCUCUGAAGGACAAAUGCACUCAUCCAGAAGACGUCAAGCUCUGCACAGUUAUUGUGAAGUCCAAUGGGAGCUUCCAAGUUAAUAAGCGCAAAGUGGAGGCAGAGAGCCACAUGGAAGAGCUGGAGAUGGUGUCCAGUACCAGCCCCCCUGAGAAAACCACCUACAAACCCCCAGCACCAAGUAACCAUCAGCUGGUCGUGCCAGUUGCUUCUACUCGGGGCAACAACUCAACCCUGCAGUCAUCCCUCAACAGCCCUGGGAAGGUGGAGAAGAAUGGACAUGCCAAAGAAACACACCACACAGCCAAGGUCUUUGAGAUCCACUCUCUGCCCAACGGCAAGACAAGGAACUUUCUCAAGGCUGUGACCAGGAGGAAACUGUCACAACAGAAGGAGAAGAAAGCCACCCAGAUGUUGGCCAUCGUCCUCGGUGUUUUCAUCAUCUGCUGGCUCCCGUUCUUCAUCACUCACAUCCUCAACAUGCACUGCGACUGCAACAUCCCCCCAGCCAUGUACAGCGCCUUUACGUGGCUUGGAUAUGUCAACAGUGCUGUCAACCCGAUUAUCUACACCACCUUCAACAUCGAGUUUCGCAAGGCUUUCAUGAAGAUCCUCCACUGUUAA